AUGCCUUCGACACAGCCGCAGAUACCGGCUACUGACAAGUACGAACCGGAUAACUACCUAGAAACACGUAAUGCCCUAGUCAAAAAGGAACUGGAGGAAGCUUGGGACUAUCUUGCAAGCACGCUCGAUCCGCCUCCAAAGCAGAAGGUGGUCGCAGACAUUAUUCGCCUCAUCCGAGAAUUCGAGCGCAGAUACGUCUUUGGGAAUGUGCCAUCGGAAGAUAUUCCCGCAGAAGGGACGCUAGAUAUGGGUGGUCAGUUUCUCACCAACAAAAGUCGGAUUGAGCAACACAGUAUUCUGUUUCAGAUCGCAAAGAAGGUCCCAAAAGGAGCCCUAUUGCAUCUGCAUUUCAACGCAGAAUUAAACCCUGAGAGACUGCUUGAGCAGGCUCGAACGAUGGGAGACAAUAUGUACGUCUGGAGCAUCAGACCCUUGCUCGAUGAAAAAGACCUACGUGAGACUGAGAUAGUGUUUAAAAUUGUACCCGAGACCACAAGGGAUUCAAAUAUCUUCGAUAGACAAUAUGCGGGCAAAGGAAAGGUGAAGGGUGCUGAUGGGUCAGUUAAGGAUAACUGGAGACAUCCAGAAUACUCAGACAGGGUGUGGAUGAAGUGGCAGACGUUCCGUGACGCAUUCAAGAAACAAGACUUCGCGAGACAAUACAAGAAGGAUGAAAAGAAGAGAGCCGAUGACGGUAUUGGUGAGGACUCCACAAAGGUCACACUCGACGCAGCUGAAAACUGGAUAUUAUCGAAGAUGGUGUUGAGUGAAACAGAAGCUUAUGAUCCCUCUCAAACAGUGAAUGGAGUAUGGGCUCGGUUCAAUCAGGCCACACGGUGCUUCAAAGGCCUGCUCAAUUACAAAAAGGUAUACGAAUGGUACAUUGGGACAGCGAUCGACCGGAUGAUCGAUGAAAAGAUCAUGUAUGCUGAGCUUCGGCCUAUGCUUUUAGACAAGUUCAUUGAAGACAACGACGGAGGCCGCCAAGUGACAAACGCGGAACAGAUGCGGCUGAUUGAACAAGCUAUAGCAAAGAAGCACAAGGAGCUCGAAAAGGCUGGUAAGGAACAUCUGUUCCCAUUCGGACUGAAGAUCAUAUACUGCACGCCGCGCUCUAUUCCUGAGAAGAUCAUGGAAAGAGAAAUCGACGAUUGCAUAGCGUUGAAGAUGGAAUUCAAGGAGCUGAUCUGUGGUUUUGAUCUUGUCGGCGCAGAAGAUCGACCCAAUCAUAUCGGGUUCUAUCACAAACAAUUGACGCGUCUGCAAAAGGAAUGCAGGGAGAAGGGGAUCGAGAUUCCCUUCAUGUUCCAUGCCGGUGAAACGCUUCUCGACACGGGAGGAUCGAGCGAUCCGCAAAACUCUAAUCUCUAUGAUGCCGUGGCACUGAACUCGAAACGUAUCGGACAUGGCUUCGCACUAAUGAAGCAUCCGCAUCUCGUGGAAAAAUUCAGGCGCACGAAAGAUAGCAAAGGCAUCUGUAUCGAACUGUGCCCGAUCUCCAACGAGCUUCUGCAUCUUUGCAGGAACAUCAAGGAGCAUCCAUACCCAGAACUUCUUGCAGCGGGCAUCCCGUGCUGCGUGAACAGCGACAAUCCUUCUCUUUUCAGUAAUUCUAUGUCUCAUGAGUUCUACCAAAUCAUGGUCGGCUCGCCUACAAUCUGUCUUGCGGAAACGCAGAAGAAAACGGCCGAGGGAUAUUUCAAUAAAGCUUGGACGGAAUUCUGUGACUGGGUUUAUGACACAUACGGAGAGCUAUUCUCUUUCAUCGAUGGCAGUGUGCAGGCAUUGGAUGAACAACGGGCGAAGGAACGAUACCAGAAGCUCGGUGCUUCCAUUCGUUAG